AAAUUAAAAGAGAACGCGAGACGCUGCUAUGUGGUUUAAUUGCUGGCCGUCAAACAACACUGGGAAUUCUUUCUCAAGGUGGGCUUUGGGAUUUGAUCUGCUGGGUUACUCUUGGUUAGAAGACGCCGACUGUGCAAAUGACGGUUAGGCAUUCUGUCAUCUUAGAAUAAUCUUUUGGAAGGCUCCUAAAAAGAAGACCAAAAUGACCAAAACUGAAGAACUGCCAGAUAGCCAUACUUCUGAAGAGUUUUAUGAUAAAUAUGAACCUAAGGAAAUUUUAGGAAGAGGAGUAAGCAGUGUUGUCCGCAGAUGCAUUCAUAAAGUCACUCGACAAGAAUACGCUGUUAAAAUUAUAGACAUCACAGCUGGAAAUCUCUCUCCACAAGAAGUUCAGGAGCUGAGAGAAGCCACUCUAAAAGAAAUCGAUAUCCUCCAGAAAGUGUCUGGACAUCCUAACAUUAUCCAGCUGAAGGACAACUUUGAAUCUCACACCUUUUUCUUCCUGGUGUUUGAUCUAAUGAAGAAAGGGGAGUUAUUUGAUUACCUUACAGAGAAGGUCACCUUAAGUGAGAAGGAAACUAGGAAAAUCAUGCGUGCUCUUUUGGAAGUGAUCCAGUUCCUCCAUUCCUUGAACAUAGUCCACAGAGAUCUCAAGCCAGAGAACAUCCUGCUAGACGACGACAUGAACAUCAGACUCACUGAUUUUGGCUUCUCAUGUCAGCUGCAGGAAAAUGAAAACCUCAAAGAGAUCUGUGGCACUCCUGGCUACUUGGCUCCAGAAAUACUAGAAUGUUCCAUGGAUCCAGAUCAUCCAGGUUAUGGGAAGGAAAUUGACAUGUGGAGCACAGGAGUCAUCAUGUAUACCUUGCUGGCUGGAUCUCCUCCUUUCUGGCACCGGAAGCAGAUGCUGAUGUUAAGAAUGAUCAUGAAUGGAGAUUACAGAUUUGGGUCUCCAGAGUGGGAUGACCAAUCAGAUACAGUCAAAGACUUGAUUGCCCACUGUUUAGUGGUGAAGCCGCAGAAUCGUUACACGGUACAGGAUGCCCUCACCCACCCCUUCUUCCAGCAGUACAUGGUGGAGGAAGUCCGGCACUUCAGCCCCUUCCGGAAAUUCCGGGUCAUCUGCCUGACUGUUCUGGCCUCGGUUCGGAUCUACCUCACCUAUCGUAACCUUAAGCCAAUCACCCAGGAUGUGCUGCAGCGGGACCCCUACGGACUGAAGCCGGUCCGCAAACUGAUUGAUGCUUGUGCCUUCCGGAUGUACGGCCAUUGGGUGAAGAAGGGAGAAGCUCAAAACAGAGCCGCCCUCUUUGAAAACACUCCCAAAGCCAUCCUGCUCAGCUUGGCCGCUGAAGAGGAACUUCUCUGAUUUCCAACAUCUCCAGGGAGAAAACAAUUCAAAUAGCCUUUGGCAUCUUCCUAAUGGGCUGACCUGGGAAUUCCAGCACGGUCCCAACACAUGUGCUGACUUCAACUC